AUGUAUACUUGUAACACGUGCCAGCUGCAGUUCCCAGAGGCCGAAGGCCAGAGAAGUCAUAUGAAGUCUGAUUGGCACAGGUAUAACCUGAAGAGAAGAGUCGCUGGUCUGCCGUCUAUAGACGAGGCCAUGUUCAACGAGAAGGUCAGCAAGCUGUCGCAGGCCGAGGAGGAUGGCAAGAAGCAGAAGAGCGAGAAAGAGAAGAACAUCACAAAGAAGGAACAGAGAAAGAGAGAGAAGGAGGCCCUAUUGGAGAAGAAGAGACAGCUGCUGGAGCUUGCUAAACAGAACAUGCUCAAAUCCAUGAAGCAAGGUGAGACUGAGAACCAGAAUGACAAGCCUACAGAGGCGACAGUUACUGAGCAAUUAGAGGAGCUGAAAAUUGAAGAUGAAGAAAACCAGGAGGAAGAACUCACGCCUGAGCAACAGGAGGAGAAACUCUUAGCUGAGAAAUUGGCCAAUGGGGUUGAGAUUGAACCUGAAGUUUGUCUAUUCUGUAACAAGAAGUUCCCACACUUUGAAGCAUGCUGUACUCACAUGUUCAAGUACCAUGGCUUCUACAUCCCAGAACAGAACUUCCUUACGGAUAAACUUGGGCUGGUGAAGUACAUGUCUGAGAAGAUUGGGCUCGGUAAUGUUUGUAUCGUUUGCAACUACCAAGGUAGAUCGCUUGAAGCCGUGAGAGCUCACAUGCUGGCUAAGAGACACUGCAGCAUUCCGUAUGAGUCUGAAAAUGAGAAAUUGGAGAUCUCAGAGUUUUACGACUUUUCCUCCACCUACAAAGAACUCGACGGUGAGGAUGACCAAUGGGAAGAUGUUGAUGACGAAGGUGAACUUGUUGGCAGCGACGAAGAGGAGGCUGAUGACGACGAGCCGUUACCUGAACAAGUCUCCUACAAUGAUGGUGUCGAGCUACACUUACCUAGUGGUGUUAAAGUAGGACAUCGUGCCUAUGCCAGAUACUUCCGUCAAAACCUCAGACCUGAGACAGUGCUCUCCGAGGGCCAAGGAACCGUUAUCGCAGCAGAGUCCAGACAUUUGGCAUCUGUACAUGACAGACAAGCUCUUUUGGAGAAGAAGAGAAUCUGGAGACACGAGAAGAGUGAUCUGGACAGAAAUGAUAGAAGGGCACAGAAGAACAUCAACAACCAACCUCACUACAGAGAUCAAUUGUUACAAUGA